CACGGGGGUCCUUGCUAGUGUGUAAUGAGGGUCAUGCAGUUAAGCUGAUCUGUGUCGUUAUUAAUACCGUGACAUUUCUUUCGUGUGAUCUCGUGUCGUGUUGUUUUAUAUCGUCAUGAUGGGCGGCAGGAGCAGCGCGAUCGCGGCGGGCGUCGGCGCGGCGCUGUUCGUCGGUUACUGUAUUUAUUUCGACAAGAAACGACGGAGCGACCCGAACUACAAGAACCAACUGAGAGAACGAAGGAAAAAGCAGAAAGUUGCACAAGAGAAAGCUGGCCUGUCGAGGUUGCCAGAUCUGAAAGAUGCUGAAGCAGUUCAGAAGUUUUUCCUUGAAGAGAUUCAGCUCGGAGAAGAGCUCCUGGCACAGGGAGACUAUGAGAAAGGUGUGGAUCACCUGACGAAUGCCAUCGCUGUCUGUGGUCAGCCGCAGCAACUCCUGCAGGUCCUGCAGCAAACUCUUCCUCCUCCCGUCUUCCAGAUGCUCCUCACCAAACUGCCCACCAUCAGCCAGCGUAUCGUCAGUGCUCAGAGCAUCAGUGACGACGACGUCGAGUAGAAGAACCUACAAUGCUGCCAUGACAUCACUUCCUGUCUGCUUUAAAUCCGCAGUCAAUCAUUCUGCCACACCCCUUUUUUAAACACUGAAAACAGUGAUACCGUUUUAUUGAAAAUGUUAUUGAAAUCUAAAAUGAUCAUCUAACGGUAGCUGAUGGAUUGGUCCUGUAGAUGGUUACGAGUGUCUCCGUGAAUAUGGAUGAUAGAAAACAAGCAUGACCUGCAAAUGUCUAUAUUUUGUUGUUCUUCGUUUUACUAACAAACUAUUUCAUUUGAGUUUGAAUAAAAGAGGAAAUAUGCAACAAGUAAAUGAAAUGUUGUAAACAUGCGCUUUGUAUAAAUCAGCCGGAUCAGCAGAACAUCUCACGAGAGAGAGAGCAGCUGUUUUCAUUUAUCUGUGUUCGUGUAUUUAAGUUAUUUUUACUGACUGUAUAACAUCUGUGAUAUUGUGGGAUAUGUGUCACGUUUAAAGGUGCUCUGGCUGUUUCAUGUAGAGGAGAGACUCUUCUUUUAUAACUUAAAAUAAAAACAGAUCAAUCUGUCAAGUCA